AUGCCUCAGUUUGUGAUCGACGACCCGAAACGGGUCCAAGUGGUCUACGACAGAGGAGAGAAAGAAUACCGCCAUGACCACCCGGAGCUCACUACACGGAGGGACAUUGCCGCUAAUCCGGACGACCCCAACAUCGUCAGAAACAUCACCAGAGAGCUGCAACUUGCUCAAGUUCCCGGCUAUCGAUAUUGCAAGUACGUACCCCGUGACAAAUUCGACAAAAUAGUCACGCCUGAGGUCGUCCUCCAACUCAUAUCUCGUCUCCAUUGUUUUGAAGCCGAACGCAAGGCUGGCACGCUCGCUGAGUUGGCAGCAGACAUAUACUUUGGGAAGGGUGACCGCGGCCCCUGUAGGAAGCUGCUUUGCGUGCUCAUUCAGAUUGGGCGUGAGAAUGACUUGAAGAAACUCAUGGAACAGGGGAUGACCGACGACUGCUUGCCGUUGAAAACGGAGCAGCACAAUGGUCAAAACGAGCAUCAGCUCUCCUGCAGGCGCCAUGGCUUUGAUCACAAAGUCAUCAACGAAUACACCAUGCCGGAUACCCGGGAACGCUUUUCCCAAUGGUCUCAGAAGCUCAUGCCUCUGUACAUUACCUGGCACCGCGAUUCCAGGGGGGCUGAACAUACUAGCGCGAGCCCAAAACACCGCCAUUACGUGUUGGAGGAUACCGACCCCAUCCCCCUGAAGCCCACACACAACCAGAGAGGCCGUGCCGAGGGGGGUUUUAGUGAAGUUGUCCCCGUCAAUAUCGAGGCCAGCAGCAAGAGUCUUGCGCUCACGGGAUUUCGGAGUGAUGACGAAAUCUUUGCCCUCAAGACGCUGAGAAAACACCCACAUGAUGACCCCAUCAAACGACGAAUGGACUUUGACAUGGAAAUCCGAACCUCCGUGUUUGCCGACUACCAUUCCAAGAACUACAGCGGCCACCAGCCUGGCGCCAUAAUGCACAUGAUCCCGCUCCUUGCGACGUUUGAGAUACAGGAUCCACAGCAGGACGAUUCCGAGUACCAUCUGUUGUUCGACUGGGCCGAAGGCAACCUCCAGCAGUUCUGGAAGUCCAACGAAACCAUGGUCAGAGACCUGGACUGGCUGAAAUGGACGGCCAAGCAAUUCUGCGAGCUCGCCAGAGCCCUCCAUUGUAUCCACAACGACCUUGAGCGCAUGCCCUCGGCAAACACUUACUCGAACCUGUACGGCCGCCACGGCGACAUCAAACCGAGCAAUUUUCUGUACUUUAAGCUGCGUGACGGGUCGAAAAUACUCGUCAUGAGCGACUUUGGACUCGGGCGACUCCACAGCAAGAUCUCAAAGUCGAACGCGGAUCCCAGGAAUAUGCCCAUGACCAUCUCAUACAGGGCGCCCGAGUUCGACCUGAAAGACGGCAAGAUUUCGCCAAGAUCAGACGUCUACAGCAUGGGAUGUGUAUUUCUGGAGCACAUCACCUGGUUUCUCCGAGGCAAAACCGGCGUCGACGACUUCGCUUCGAGGCGACUGGAGAUCGACAAAAAGUACAAGUUCGAGCUCGACACCUUUUUCGAGCUGUCUGACGAUGAGAGGACGGCCACAACAAAGGGCAAAGUGAAGGAAUGGAUCGAGGAGCUCAAACAGGACGAGGCCUGUUGCGAGUAUCUGUUCAAAAUGCUCAAUCUGAUCGAGAAGAGGAUGCUCGACCCGAACUCGGACACGCGGAUACACGCAGGGGAGCUCACGAACGAACUGAAGAAGAUGUUGCGGUGUGGCGAGCUUUCCAAGUCGUUUUAUACGAAACACUGGACGAAGAGUAUGUUCUAG